UAAACCCUGAGUUUGUUCUUCUACACUUGAGUGACUCGGCUCUAAGGUGGAGAUCCUAGGAAUUGAGGAAAACGAAAAGCUAACCUAACGAAAAAAGUUCAGUCCUUGUCUCCACACCCAUUAUCACCAUUUAUCGUAGUGAGGGUAUGGCAUUGAGAGGAGUAUGGAAGUUAAAGAAGCUGGUUGUGAGCUACUGUGAUUGGGGAGGAAGUAGUCGAGGAAUCCGGGCAUUCAUGCAAUCUGACCUACCUGCAUUUAAAGAGGACAAUCCUCAACUUGAGGUUGUUUCUGAACUCAACCUUGGUCGGCAUCCAUUUUUAAAAGCACUUUACAAGAACAAGAAUGAACGUGUUGUCUGCGUGAGGAAUCUGACACCUGAAAAUGUUCUCCAACAUGCGACAAGGCUAAGAAAUGCAUUAGGAAGGAAGGUGGUAAAGCUGAAGACCAGGCAUGUCACUAAGCACCCGAGUGUUCAAGGUACAUGGACCCCAGACACAAAGUUUGAAUGCUGAAAAAACCUAAAUUGUCAGAAAUCCCAUUAGGUUGCAAGCUAUCUUCUGCAGUGAUACAUGUAUGCUAUGAUUUUAGACCUUCAAAAUGCCAAAAUCAUAAAAAAAAAAGGUCAUGUAACAGAUCUCUAGCAAAGAAAUGUGCGAGAAAACGUGAUUUUAGAAUUAUUUUUUAUCCUGUCAUUUUGGGAACACCCGAAAUUUUGUAAUACUCCAAUUAGGUAAUGAUAUUUCGGAAUUUGUUGUGUUCUUUUUUA